AUAUAUAAUUAAAAAUUCCGAAGACUCUGUCCCUGAGAUUUGAAAAAAAAUUUUGACUGUUUCCUAAGGUAUAAAUAAUCUUGGAAAUUAAAAAAAUAAUAACCAUGGGAGGAGUGCCCCCCAUCAUCCCCAAUAAUCAUGAUAAUUAAAUAAUGAUAAUAAUCAGCUCUCCGAAGUAAAUGAAUAUUUGGCAAAAACUUUUUUCCCACUGUAAUUUAUCGGACUAAUGAAUAUCAUUCACUGAAAAUUAAUGAUGAAUUUCCACUAAUUCUGCCUCCCGAAAUGAAAACCCAUAAUUAACUUGUAAUUAUAUAAAUAAUAUAAUAAGCAUAGAUAUAUGGAUAUGUCUAUUUAUUAAUUUAUCAUGUUACGUUUGGACUAAUGUUACGUUUUUGAAGUUAUUGAGAAGGGAAAGCUGAAUCGAAUUGAAUAAAUAUACAGCCAUUGGAAUAAUAGUUUUAAUUUCUGUCAUGGCUAGAAUGAAUUUUCCAGAUGGUACCGUUCCAAUUUAAAGACAUUCGACUUAUUCAACUCUAUUCACCGCCUUGAAUCCCAGGUUGUACCUAGGUUUAGCUGCAUGAAUAAAAAAUCAACAGUCUAAGGUUGGUACGUAAUAAUAGAAUCCACAAUGGAUUUUAAUCUGGGUUGUAUUGCCAUUUUUGUACAGAAGUUCCACCACCAAGAAAUGCAUAAAAUUGAUUUUUCGAGGAGCCUCUAGAUCUGAUGGUUGUCUCGAAAUACACAACUCCCCCAAUUUUCCAGUGUAAAAUUAUCUAAAAUAGAUCAUGAAAGAUAAAUAACAGGAAUUAUUUCCCAGAGGUGAUGACACAAAAACAACUAAUGGUUUCACAUACUUGAGGAAGUGGUUGAGUGUUUUGAAAACAGAAGAGAACCCAUGAUAUUGAAAUGGUGAAAAAACAAAAUGAGGGUUUUAACGUGUCCAAUGUAAAUUCACGCACAUGUCUUCAUUUAUAUUUGUCAAACUAAUCACUUCUUUUUUUGGACAUACAUUACUCAAAUCUGUAUGCAUAAUAGUUUUCUUCUUCUUCCCUUUUGGCUAUUUCCUGUGGACUCUGGGGUCGUCGUUAUCCCCAAAGGGCCACACGUGUUCUCAGUCGUUACAACAGCAUUUUAAAAAUGUGUCCCAGAGCUCGAUACGCGUGCAUUCGUGUAUAUCUGCCAGUUUCACUGUCUCUUGCUGUCUAUCUAAACUCGAUACAAGCCCCACCCUCGUCACUACAGUAGCUCUUCGUGUCGUUCACCUUUUUCUCCCCAACCACUCCUGUUGUAUUUUCUUUUCUGGCUUUUUUUUAUUCGUACUCUUGCACUCUUCCCUUUUCUCGACCUGGCCCCUUUGGGUCUAGUGAUUUUUUUUUGGCUAGAUAUUUGGCUAGAUAUUCGACUAGAACUCUCGGAAUUCCCUCGAUUUUUGUGUAAUAAUUUGGUUUUACGGGGGUGGUAAUUACGGAGUACUGAAGGGGAUGAGAAAUUGGAAUUGGGGUGGAGUGAACGAGCAUGACCUACGACAUGUCGGUGAUUGGGUCUCGGAGGGGAAUAACAAUCCGGGGAAUUCAAUUACGAUAAAAUAAAACAGCCCUUUUUCCACUGAGCUUUGCACAAUUUGUAAAAUGGCGGGUGAAUUACCCGCGAAAUAAACACAAAUGAUCGAAUUAUGAAUUCUGGGAACUCAGGGUGUAAAUUCUAGCCCAAAAAAAACCACAGGCCUCAAGGUCUUUUACAAUUUUAGUAAUUUUUUCGGCUAGAGUGCCGGGGGUUCCCUAGAUUUUAUAGUAAUUAUUUGGUUUUUACGUGGAUAAUAAUUAAGGCCAUAAAACUGCAUGACAAAUUACGAUUUUGGGAUGAAAUAAAAAGUCAUGAAAUUACGACAUGUCGGUAAUUAGAUCUCGAUGGGGAAUAGCAAUCGAAAAAUUUCAAUCAGCGUCCUUCAGCUCUCCCCCCCAUUAACGCACCCCCUGGUGAAUUAUUAUGAACAAUAAAUUUUUUAUUGUAUCCCUUCUAUCAAUUAAGAGUCGCUAUUAAAUGCCUCAGGAAUCUACUUUGUAAAAAUGAUGAGAGUCAGGACAAUUUAUUGUUUAUCGAUUUUGUUGAUAUGUAAAGUUUGUUAUAAAAAAAAUGAAAAUAACAACGAGUGAAUAAUAAUUAAGCGUAAAUAAUUAAUUAGCAUUAACGAUAAGUCAACAAUAAUGAAUAAUUAUGUAAUGUCUCGAUACGUGCGUAAGAUAUUAUAAAUAUAAUUCAAUUUUCAGAAUGAAAAUUAACAACAUUUCUUACGAUUGCUGACAAAAUGUUUAAGACUUGUAAUAAAAUUAUAUUGUAUAUUAAAUUCUCUCUUUCUUAUAUCCGGGAUGUUUUAUCGUAUUUCUUUAUUUAAUAUUUCCCACACCUACACAAAGUUUAAAAAAAUAUAUUCAAAAUAUAUUAUUAUUCUGAAAUAUAUCAUGCAUUUAUAUUCACCUAUAUCAUAUAUUUCCAUCACAACAAUAAUAUAAUCCAAUAUUAAUAUUUUAAUUGUCAAAAAAAAUUUUAUUAAAUCGCAUGUAAAGUCACACUUUACGCACGCAUUGCGUAUUCCCGCUAAAAUAAUGUCAAAUAAUUUACCGAGGGGCUGUAACGACCUGUACUGUUUUCUCAAGACUCUCAAGGACUUUCAACAAUAUAAAAUUAAAUAUUUCGAAAUAUUGUUGUUCCUGGUAACAAUUUUCGGUGAAACUCGCAUCCACUUAAAGACAAUUUGUUUAUUAUCCCGAGCAACAAUUUUAGUUGUCACACAUUCAAGGAUAUCGCAAUCUCCUCUCAAAAUUUAUUGAACUCAGAUUUCCAAUUAAUUAAUAAAACUGGAUAACAUCAGGAAGUGAAUAUUAAUAUUCAGUAAAUUCGGCACUAGACGAUUUUACAGAUAGUUUUAAUAACAAUAUAUCAAAUAUAUCGAGAUAUAUUUUUGUUUAUAAAUAUGUUUUUUCGUGGGGGCCUGAGAGUGAAUUUAUAAUGAGAACUUUCAAUUCAGUUAAAUGAGACAACAAAUAAUUAUCCACUUUCCCGAGGGAAAAAGCCAGACGAGUACACGUGAAACAAGUAAUUGACACUUAUUUUGAACUAUCUCACUGACCCAGUGGCUGCACACCUGACAUUGUACAUAAUAUAAUUAGCAGUGAAAAGAGAAAAGUCUUGGUUGCGAAAAACGUUAGGGCGAAUUAUCUCCCCAUUUCUAAACUGUCAACUCCCAUAAAUAGAAAGUUCAACAUCUUAAAAUGUCAGUUUAGUUUUCCACCUCGAGCCAUCGACUUCAUCAACCCCCCAACCAAAAGAUGAAGAUAUACUUGUUCUUAAUACUGUGUAUGAUGACGGAUUGUCUGGCUGAAGUACAAGACGAUGAAAAAAAUUCCCACAUUUUCACUCCGCGAAAGGGAAAAUAUCAUUUGCUAUAUCCGAGGAAGAAAACUGGCUACAGCGACGUUUAUUUCAAUCCACUCCACCGUGUCGGAUUUUUAGGUGGACUUCAAGGACUAGUUGCAUUCGUUAUACUUAAAAUUAAAAUUGUACUCGUCGUGAUAACGAUUAUCGGAGCGACGGUAUUAGCGUUGAAAUUUCUCAGUGUAUUCAAAUAUUCGAAUUACGUCUAUAAAAGUCAUCAGCCGAUUGAUGAACUGCCAGCGAUUCAAUACGGACAACCAUCCCCUCAUGACUCGUACGAAUAUAAAGAUGAUUGGCUUGCACCGUCUCCAUACGAUCGAGUCAAUCGGCGUGAUGACUCAAAUGAUUUUAUUGAUGGAUUCUUGGUGAAAGUCGAAGCUAUUCUACUCCCUCUUAUGAAUUUCUCCAAUAAACAGUGCCAGCAUCGCACUAUUUGCCAGUUUACGAUUGUAAUGACUUCUUCGUUAGAUUUCAGUGAAUGCGACAGAAUCUACCCGGAGUGCAGGGAAAUCCCUGAAACAACUCCAAAAAAGAGGAUAAGACAUUAAAGACAAUUGCAUUGAUGCAAUUG